AUGGCAGACGAACCAAGAACAGUCAUAACACCAGAUCAGCCGGUCACAAUGGGGCAAUUGUUGCAACUGAUUAAUCAGUUAAACUCCAAUCAACAGCCCACUAACACCGUGACCAACACCCAUACCCUCUCCAUCUCAGAAAAAUUAACAAAUCAAAAUUACACGAAAUGGUCCAGGCUGAUGCACUUAGCCAUUAGUGGACGAGAUCGUCUCAAUCACAUCAUUGACGAUCCCCCUCCCACAAAUGACCCAGCGUACAGCCAAUGGAUCAAGAGUGACUCGAUUGUUAUUUCAUGGAUUUUAGAGAAUAUAGAUCCUGAUCUAGUGAAUCAAUAUCUUGAUUUCCCAACAGCCAAAGCUCUGUGGCAAGGGAUUGAAACUCUCUACAGUAGUGGGAGAGAUGGCCUGCAAAUUUUCGAUUUAACAGUCAAGGCAAAUAAAAUCCAGCAAGGCACGGAUACUAUCGAGGCAUAUUACAGCAAGCUUCUAAUGGUGUGGAAGGAAAUCGAUAGAAGACAACCAAAUCCAAUGAAAGAUCCAGAUGAUAUCACUAUUUAUAAUCAAUUAAUUCAAAAAAAUAGAUUAUAUCAAUUUUUGGCCGGAAUCCAUCAGACCUUUGAUAAGGAUAUGCGAGAUCUAUUAUUAUUGGAUCCUCUUCCCACAGUAGAAGAAGCAUAUUCGAGUAUCAGAAGAGAAGUGCUAAGGAGGGGAAUCAUGAAACCAGAGCCCUCAUCAGAUCUAGAAUCAUCGGGCUCCGGUGGGGUUUUUGCAGUAAAAGGGAGGACUUACCGGCGGGAGGACGACAAAUCUCACCUUAAAUGCACCUAUUGUGGAGGUACAAGGCACACACGAAAUGAGUGCUUCAAACUCGUGGGCUACCCGGAAUGGUGGCCGGAUCCAAAGAAGAGAGGGGAAAAAAAACAAACCCAGAUCUCCGAUCAACACCGCACCGGGAAAGUAGCCCUUGGAUGGAGCAUAGAGAAGCGUGAAUCCAUGAACAAAGAUGAAUCCAUGAAGGAAGGUGAAGGGAGACAACCAACAGAACCAACAGAGGAAGGUACGGAAGGUACCAGAAGCAUCAACAAUGGCGAAAACGGUGGAUUAGUUUUUUGCAGAGAAAGUGAGAGUGAAGGGCAAAACGGCGGAAUAGGGUUUAUGAGUGAAGGGCUGCUCCAAGGGUCCUUAAAUAAGGGCUGGAGGUCACGUGCUCCCUCACGUGCCUCUGACCUUAUAUUCCCACCUUUACCUUUAAACGUUUCGUCCUGUCUUAAUACUUCAUCUCGUUUUAAAGAGGGCUGGAUCUUUGACUGCGGUGCUACCGAUACAAUGUCUUUUGACCCGACCGAUUUUUUGACCCAUGACCUACCUAGGAAAGAUGUCAUUAAAACCGCGAAUGGGGAAGGGAUUAAAGUGAGCGGAGCCGGAACUAUUUCUUUCACAAAAAACCUCACUUUAAAAAAUUGUUUAUUCGUACCAGGCCUGUCACAUAAAUUGUUAUCAGUGAGUCAACUUACAAGAGAUCUUGAUUGUACGGUUCUCAUGAAACCCGAGGAGACUCCAAAAGGCAAAGUGACACUUGUUCGCGGGCUAGAGGAAAGACAAUUAUGGCAUCGACGGCUUGGACAUCCUUCGGUGGGGUAUUUAGAAAAACUUUUCCCUGAAUUUGUCGGGUUAAAACCUGAGUUUAAGUGUGAAACAUGUAUUCUUGCAAAAAGUCACAAACAUUCGUAUUCUAAUAGUUUGAAUAAAGUUGAUGUGCCCUUUAUGCUUGUUCAUUCUGAUGUGUGGGGCCCUGCCCCAGUCAUAGGACUACAUGGUUUUUCAUACUUUGUUACAUUUAUUGAUGAUUGUACCCGCAUGAGUUGGAUUUAUUUCCUUAAACAAAAAUCUGAGGUCUUCCAUGUGUUUGUUGAAUUCUAUAAUAUGGUUUGUACCCAAUUCCAAACCCAGCCCCGCAUGCUUCGCACCGAUAAUGGUAAAGAAUAUAUCAAUUCGAACAUGGACUUAUUCUUUAAACAAAAAGGCUUAAUACAUCAAACAUCUUGUCCUAACACACCCCAACAAAACGGUGUAGCAGAACGGAAAAACCGCACAUUACUUGAGAUGACCCGUGCUAUUAUGCUUGACUCUCGUGUUCCCACUUACCUUUGGCCGGAAGCCAUUGCUACUGCCAAUUAUCUUAGCAAUAGACUUCCCACAAAGAGUCUUCAAUAUCACACACCCCUAGCCACCCUCCAAACCCAUUGUCCUAUUCCCUCUACGCAUAUUCUGCCUCCUCGUACAUUUGGGUGCACGGUUUUUGUUCAUUGUUCAGCAAGGGUACGAAACAAAUUUGAACCACGAGCAGUGAAAUGUGUUCUUAUUGGAUAUGGUCGAAAUCAAAAGGGUUAUCGGUGCUAUGAUCCCUCAACUCGAAAGGUCUAUACCACAAUGGAUUGCGAGUUCAUAGAGAGUGAAUACUACUACCAUCUUCGCCGUCAGGGGGAGAAAUAUCAUGAGGAUGAUAAUCUCAGCUGGUUAGUCGGUCCGUGGUUGCCCGACCUCCACCCAAAAGAUCAAGUUGACAAUGUUACUGAGUGA